AGAUGACAUUUUGUUGACAAAUGACAACACAAGCAAGCAAGUGGCUUCGCAUUUUGCUUCAUCAAAAUUUAAAGAAACAAGAAAGCGUUUCUUCUUUUUGAAAUGAGUUAGCGUUAUAACAAUAUCUAACCAUGAAGUUGAAAAAGUUAAAAACUGACACUGAAGCAACUGCUGAGGUUGUUCCUCCUCAAGCUGAAAUCAUCGAAGCGGACCUGUACAAACGUUCGUACUUUGGCCCUGACGUGCCGACACUUGAGCUUGAGUGUUGGGAAGAGGAGCUCUCGGAGGUGCAAUUGCAGGCUUACAAAAAUGCCGACGAUGAGUACAAGAGCAUACAAAACAAACUUGACGAAAUGGUCAAGGAGACGGGGGGCGAGAUUGUGUACAACGGCGACCAGUUCACUGCAUACCAGUUACUCGGAAAGCAACCAGUACUGAAAGACUUGGAGAGACAGAGUGCAGACAUUAUCAGAUCCAGAUCUCGCUCACUCUCCAUAUCCAAGGAGAGAUCAACAAGCAAAAGAGGACGACCUAGGAAAAUCCGGGAAGCAGAUAGAGAUUACUCUCCGUCCCCUGAAAGGGCUAAGUCACCGGAAUCACGGAGUCAUAAGAAGAAAAAGAAGGACAAAGAAAAACACAAGGAAAAAGAGAAGGACAAAGAAAAGGAAAAGGACACUAAAACUAAGGACAAGACUUUGGCACCUUCUAAUGUGCACAGUGUGGUCACAAAUGUGCGUCCAUCGGAAGCAACAGCAAUUGGGGGUCUACUGACUGGCAACACAGCUAAGACAACAGCCAUUGUUGAUCUCACCAAAGAGGAUGGCAACAAAAAUGUUGCAGAUUCUCGUGAAGUCUCAUUCAAUAAGCUUCAAGGCAAAACGUUCCCAUCGCUGGUGGUGGUGGCGCGGCCGUACCUCCGCUCGAAGGAAGCACCGCCGCCGUCGGACCGCUCGGCGCUGGACAGCAAGGUCAAGUCGGUGCUCAUGCACACGCCCAUGAAGUUCACGGAGUGGCUCAUACAGCAGGGGCUCGUGCGCUCCGAGCAGUGGUGCGCUAUACACGCCGGGAACAAACUCAAACUUGGCAUGUACUCGGACGUGACCAAGUUUCCAUACUCGGGCGGCUACGUGUGGAUAUCCGAGUGCUGCCCAACUCGCUUCGUGUCUGUCUUCUCGAGCUCCAUCUUCGAAGGCGCCACCUUCCCGCCGAGUGUGCUGCUCAAGCUGAUCUACCACUGGGCCUGCCAGACCAAUGUGCAGAACGUCGUGCAGUGGGUUAAGGUGGACAACCUCUACGUGAAAGGCUUAUUCACGUGGCUACGAGCGAUCUGCACAUCAGCCAUCCACCAACACAUGCAGUUACUGGGUGGCGCGGGAAAGAAGGUCGAAGUGGGCGUGAUCUCGUUAGGCACCACCAGCCACGACGGCACGCAGCGCCAGGUCAAGGUCGAAGUGCUGGGCGUGCUCGACCCCACUGAGAAGCUGAUUCGCCUCCGAGCCGUUGAACCUUUGGCCGAGCAUGAGAAAAACUACAAGAAGCGUUUCCAGAAGAUUCUCGAGCCUCUCACCGGCUGGGUGCAUCCGUCCUCCAUGAUCCUCACUGACCUGACCGUAGACAAAGGAACCCUUGUGUCUAUGGGCUUCAAGAGCGUCCACCAGUCGUCGUCACACUCUGAUAGUACGUCGCGAAGCGGCAGCAACAGUAAUGCCAACAUAAUGGAGUAUCUGCGACGGAUCGUGCCGAGAAUGUUCCAGAAUACGCUCUCGCUGUUAUCCCGCCAGAUUAUUCAGCAGUUCCUGGAUGAGCUCGUGUGGAGGGAGAAGUACGGUAUUUCCCCGGGGCAAGCUUUCGACAACAUUGUCCUCCACAUUUCGGAGCAAACCAAGGUGGAGGCAAAGGACGCGAUCACCGUCCGCCUAAACAAGAUAGCCGCCAAUCCGUUCAAAAUCUGGAAGUAUCCUAAGAAGAAGGACAAAGGCGACGAGCCCGAACCGGAGCCCGAGGCGCCGCGAGGCAAGCGCGGCCGCAAACGCCGCGAGCCCGAUCCGCCGCCGCCGCCCAAGAAGAAGCGACAGAAGACCACGUACAUCGACGAGGACGAAGAAGACGAGGAAAUACCGCUCGCGCUGCGUCGCACCAAAAUAAAGCAAGAGAAAGACAAGGACAAAGUGAAAGACGAGGGCACGACUCGCCGCCGUAAGCAGCCGAAGACAUACGUCGAUGACGACUUGGACGAUGUGCCUCUUAAGAGCAUCAAGAAAGAGGCGAAGCCAGAAGAGACCGUCACGGUGUCCAUGGAGAGAUACUACUUCGGACAGAUCGGGGGUGACGAACCGGUGCAAAAGGUGGCCAUUGCUGUGGAGUGUCCAUUCUGCAACAUGGAGUUCACCCACAACAUAGACUUCAUGCUGCACGUCUUCAAGCACGUAGUACCACCACCAUCGGGUGUCGACGACGCGCCACAGUGCGAGUUCUGUCUAGCUCGCUUCGCGGGAGACGAGGAGCUGGCCACCCAUCUCAAGAACAUGCACCCGGCUGAUACCAAGUCGCCUGAGCUGUACACUUACGCCUGUCUGAUCUGCGAGGUCCGUUUCGCAGCAGUACUGACUCUAGCCACGCACAUGCAGAAGACGCACGUGCCGCUCGAGCUGCCGUACGCGUGCGGCGCCUGCGCCUACCGCGCCUCGUCGCACCGCGCCGCAGCCGAGCACUUCCGCCGCCGACACCGUUCCACUAACAACGUGCAUUGCCCGCUGUGCCUCAAGGUGCUGACAAUUUACGAGGACGGUCACGAGCUGUCUUCCAACAUUCUGGUGUACAUCGACCAUCUCAAGACCCAUCAGGACAAGGACUUGGAGGUCCGCUGCAACCGAUGCGUGCUUAAGUUCGUGCAUCUCGGUCAGAUGAAAGAACAUCAAAUCCGUGAGCACAACACGGUGGAGAACGCAAACCCGUUGUGCUCUGAAGAACAUCUGAUUAUUCAACCCAAGAACAAGGCCCGACCACCAGUAAAGGACACCUCGAGCCACACUAUGAGCGACACGUUCGAGGAGCUGACACUAGUGCUGCCCAGCGGCAUGGUCUGCCGCGAGUGCGACACGCCGCUGGAGAGCGACAAGCACUUCCUGGGCACCACCAACUGUAGCAAGUGUCCGUUCUCGACGUCGUGCUACCGCGGCAUGCUGGCCCACAGCGCGUACUGCGCCGGCCCGCAUUCGCUGGAGGAUGCGCCGCGGCCCGCGCCCGCUAUGGCGCACUGCGUUUGCGGGUAUAGCACGCGGAUUGGCACGGACAUGCUCACCCACUUGCUGAUGUGCGAGCACAAAUCGGCGUACGCGUCCGAGCAGGAAGCUCGCGAGAACACGCUCGGCGCGAACGACGAACAACGCUCGGAACCGCCUGCGACCGCGGGUGCUGGAUCCGCGAGCAAUGAGACCGCGCCUGCGGCUGAAGCGGUGGCUGAGAACUCGGCGGAGAGCGUCCCGGCGAUCGCGGACUACGCACCACCCUCGGUGCUAAACACUCAACUGUCGCUCGAUGACCUCGCCCCGCCUUCGGUGUUGCAGUCGGACCAGCACGACCAAGAGCUUCUGAAGGACGCGUACGACCGUCCGCUGGCCACGCCGCGCCACGAGGAGCCUCACUACAGCCUCGGCGACUUCGAGCCGCUGCCGCAGGAGCCGCCGCCGCAGCCCGACUUCGAACAGCUCUAAUAACUAAGCCGCCAAAUGUAGCCACACGCAUAAACACUACUACUUGUUGCAUGGGUCUUGAGUACUAUUUUGUAACAAUAGACUAUUAUAACUCUUUUACAAUUAAACCACUGAACUGAUUUACAUGAAAUUUGGUAUAGAGAUGUUUGCAGCCCAGGAAAAAACAUGGGUAAAAUAAUCUUUUUUUCUAGUAGUAGAAAUAUCAAAAAAUAUUUGCAUCUUUCACUUAGCACUCAAGGUCUGUGCCUGACUUACUGUUAGUGUGCAGUGGACUUAUUCAUGGUGUAUACUUUGCUAUGCAUAUUAUGUUUUGUGUAAUUUUUCAAUGUAUGACAACUGAAGUUGACCAUCAAGAAUUAUAGUGUGUAAGCUAAGAUGCAAUAUCUAUUUUUAUGUAUUGGAACUAAUACUACCUGGCUAAAUUUGCAGCUAUAAAAGUGAUGUUACUUGGCUGAUUAAUAAUGUAAGUAAGUAAUAGGAAUUAUCUUCAUAUUUGGUAGCAGCCAAAAGCUGAUACACAUUUGCAAUUUGACCUAUGUUUCAUGUCAAUUCAUGUUUUCAGUUCUUCACUAUCCAUUGUCCAUCCAUCAGUGGAAAGUUUGUCCACCAGUAUUUCAUUUCCAUCUCCAAGUCUUAACAUAAGUUGCAAACUUAGCCACAAGGUGGCUGACAUGCCCUGUUUAUUCCACUAGGGUAGUAUUGAAAUGAAUUAUAAGAAUAGAUUUUAAAAUGGGGAUAUAUUUAGUUGUGUAACAGAU